AUGAAGAAGGAAACGUCUGAGGAGGAUAAAAGAUCUGAAACAACAAUGCAGGACACGGUUGAGGUACCAAAUACCUCGUCGGAUGAAGUUCAUGACGAUCGAGCACGUGCUUCCGGUCGGGAAGAGUUUACGUGUUCCUUGUAUAUCUCGCGUGCCAUCGGACCGCAAGGUCAAGUGCAAGGAAUACAAGGUGGCGAGUUGCUGCGUUCGAACCUAGAAGAGGUGAUCCGCACGUCUAAUCCUUUGGCUGCUUGGCACGUGUCUGAAACUCUUUGCGGUCUGAUUGCGGCGUUUACGCGCGAAGCUGAUGCGGAGAAACUAUUGCAGUGCGGCGAUUUGGCGCGAGUUUUCGAAGGACCCGUCCAAGUGGCGCGAUUCUCGGCGAAGGACUCUCGUUAUAGACAGGCGGUUCUUUUGCGUGACGUACCCUGGGCCAUUCCCCUGCAGGACAUCAACUCCGCUCUGAUGAAACAGGGAAUCGCGACAGGAAGCAUGGAACGUUGGCGGCAAUAUGUGCGCGUCGAGGUGCUAGAUGCUGGACAUUACGAACUACUGUUACGUCAGGGCCUAGAUUUUUUUGGAACCGGAAGUACCACCGGUGGGCCGCCGCAGCCGGGGCCAGUAAUGGUGAACAACUUCCUCGAGAUGUCCAACUUUCAAACGAGCGAUGGAGUGUUACAGUGUUAUCGAUGCCAGGGUUUCUGGCACAUGGCCGCCAAUUGCAGACACCUGCCGCGCUGCGUUCGUUGUGGAGAGCCACAUAGCGUCGAGUUCUGCCCCAGGCCCCGGAACAAUCCCAUCUGCUGUCAUUGUUCGGGGCCCCAUCACGCUGGCUACCGGCAAUGUCCGGUUCGACAGCAACUUUCGAAUGCUACGCCUAUUAGCAUCACGCUGAGUACAACCCGGAUUGGAAACCAGUACCCGGUGAACGCAGCCUCUAAGACGAACGCGUCCUCUCAUGAACAACAACCCUUGAAGUCGGGCCAGUCUUAA